AUGGAUAUGGGACACAUGCAUCAUGACACCAGUCUACGGAUGGAAGUCAACUAUGCCUUCGCUCGAGAGUACUGGUACACCAUCGCUGGUGUCGUCGGUGCACUCCUCGCUAUCCGCGGCAUCAAUCACCUCGAAGCUCAACAAAGAUUAAAAGCAUGUCGCGAUCCUUCAAUAGAUCAUCCAACCCGACCACGAGGACCCUUCACUCAAGCAUGGGCAACAGCAACAGCCAUCAUUCGAGAAAUGGGCCACCCACAAUAUUACAUCCCCAUCAAAGGUCUUCGAUGGGCGACGCCACUCCCUCUUGGUCGUAUAAUCGUUCUAGCAUGCUACUGGGUCGUUAUCGUCUACAUGAUGAGCUGGCAGGUAUCAAAGAAUGAUGUGUACUACUGGGAACGUAUUGGAUAUCGCAACGCAUGGGUCACUCUGAUGCAGUUCCCCCUGGUUUACCUCCUAUCGACAAAAGUCAACGUUAUCGGAUUCUUGACAGGAUCCAGUCAUGAGAGACUCAACUGGCUGCAUCGAUGGGUUGCGCGCACCAUGUUUGUUACCGCGACUGUUCACGGAUUCCAUUUCUGGACUAUGUGGGUGCGCGCCGAGUUUCUCGAUUAUGCCCUCGAAAUCAUGCCGUUAGUCAAGUAUGGACUUGCAGCUUGGGCCAUUCUGCUUUGGAACGUCAUAACUGGUAUUGUACCUAUUCGAAGGCUUUCGUAUGAGGUGUGGGUAGCUCAGCAUGUUCUCACCAGUAUUGUUAUGCUGUGGUUGCUCUACAGACAUAUCCCUGCGAAUGCUCGUUGGCUUCUAUGGAUGAGUAUCUCAUUCCUUGUGUUUGACCGUGCUAUGAGAUGGAUACUUCUCCUAUGGCAGAAUGUUCGUGUACGACCUCAAGGAACAGCCUGUCAAGGUAUGAAGCAUCUUGGACAUCGAGUCGCUGCUCGUGUUGUUGGACCUGCAACCACUGUCAUCACUAUCAAGGAUGUGCACUUCAAAUGGAAGGCUGGAGAACAUAUCUAUCUCUGGAUUCCACGUCUAGGUCCAUUCGAGGCGCAUCCAUAUACGAUUGCAUGCGCGCACAAACUUGAGGGAACAUGUUGCUGCAACAGUAUUCAGCUUGUGGUGCGUGCCCACGGCGGAUUCUCCAAACGAAUUCACGAAUAUGCAACAAAGAAUUCAGCUUCCGAGCUUACAGGUUUCGUCUCAGGACCCUAUGGCGUUCCCCCGCAGUGGAAUAUCUACGAGACGCUGGUCUUGAUUGGAGCAUCAACAGGAGCGAGUUUCGUUAUCCCUAUCCUUGAAAGUAUUGCAGCAGCUCAAAAGUGGAACUGCACACGAAGAGUUGACGUUGUUCUCACAGCAAGAACAGCACAAGAGAUCAAAUACUACGUCGAAAGAGCAGAAGAAGCAGGCCGAAUGGUGCGCGCCAAGGGAAUCGCCAUCAGCAUCCACAUCGCAGUAACAGGGACCGACACCAAAACAGAAGGUCCAAUUUUCGUUUCACGCCCCGAGUCAGCAUCAUCGAGGUCAAGCGAUUCCGACGAUAUCCAACCCGCAAAGGGAUCUACAGGAUGUUGUUGCAACAGUGGCACAGACGAAAAAGGAUGUCCGAGCGAUUCACCAUGUCGCGUGGAAAAAGCCGUUUCGGUGCCCGAGCUCAUUAGAGAAUACACGUGCCGCCCAGACAUUGAGGCCAUGAUCCGCGAGCCAGUAGAGCAAGCUUGGGGGGAGACAGGGGUUGUUGUCUGUGGUGGACGAGAAAUUGUGGCGAGGACAAGGAAUUGCGUUAGUCGUUUGAGUGAUGAGCGUGCUAUCCAUAAAGGAACGGGUGCGCAGGGGAUAUAUCUUCAUGUGGAGGAAUAUUCGUUCUAG